AUGUGUUACUACAGCAACUAUUAUGGUGGCCUGGGCUAUGGCUAUGGUGGCCUGGGCUAUGGCUAUGGUGGCUGGGGCUAUGGCUAUGGUGGCCUGGGCUAUGGCUAUGGCUGUGGCUAUGGUGGCCACGGUUAUGUCUGCUGCUGCCCAUUGUGCCAUGGAAGACACUGGUCUUAUGGCUUUUACUGA